CUAAUCAGUAGCUUUAUUGUACUUUUAAUUAAAAUUCUUGAAAUCAUUAUUUAGCAUCUUGUUCGCUUUCUUCUUUGUACAACAAUGUCGAAGAGAUUAUUUUUUCUGUUAAUAACAUGUAUUAUGAGCGACUCUGCAUCCAUAAAUGAAAAAAUAUCCAAUUAUUUUAAAAGCGAUGUAUUUAAGGCUUUUCAAAUAGACUGGCAGACACAUAGGAAGUCCUUCGAGAACGCUAUACUCUUGGCGUUGAAGGACAAUUUUGGUCAUAAAAGUAUGAAUGUGUAUGUGAGACGUUCAGCGGAUUCGCUUCGAGUAUCCGAUGGUUUUUUUUUAAACGAUAAUGUAGUUAACUUGUUGUUAUUAGAAAUGUCCCUCACUGGCUUACCUCAUCUCACCAUGCCGGAGGUAACAUUCGCGCUCGCGUCUAACGUCCUGCGGCUGGAGGCUGGUCUUAGCAAGAUGAUAAUGGUUACUGGUUAUCUGGUAUUCAGGAAUGAAUCGGAUAUUCUACAUGUUGAAGGUCUAGAUAGAUACAAAAAAUCACCAUUUACUUUCGAGGAAGUAGAAAACGUAGGACAGCUGGCUGUCGUCGCCGAUGAUUGUACAUUAGUCGGCUAUACUAUAGCCAAACUGAGCGGCCAAUCGGUAACAUUAGGCCACGACACGUUCCAAGUACGAGACUGCAGAUUUAGUGUCGAGAUAUCUCCUAUUCGUUAUGGUCAUGGGAAACUACCAGUUAUAGCGCCAUAUUUUUCAAAGAGCCAGGGUAAACAAUUGGAAAUCUUGUUAUCAAAACCAAUACGUGAAGAAUUGAUGCCGAAACUUCAAGCAGCUGUAUUUUCUUAUAUAAAUACGUCAGUCAUAUUUGGCGAUCACUUGGUCAAAUUUCGUGAAUAUCAAGACGAUGUAUUUAAAAUGGUGUCAAAAAAUAUGUCAGAAUUAGCUCGAAACCUUAAUAAUUUAACCAUACACCUAAACGAAGAAACUGCUGAAUUGGAGCCAGUAGAAACGUCACGGAAUGUUACGUAUAAUGGUGAAUCACACUGGGAUCGAGUUUUACUACAUAAGAUAGCUUUACAUGGCUUGGAUACACUAUAUUCCUCUCAUACUGGUGGCCCUUUCAAGUUGCAGUCGCCGUUGAUAGCAGAGGCUUUCAGAUUUAAUUCCAUUACUGUUAAAGGAAGUCUUUUAUUUGAAAAUAUCACUAUUAAAGGAGAACACGAAUUUGUAGCUGAAAUAAUAGAUACUACAGUUAAUGUUGAAAUUGACUUGGAAACGUCUGAAUCGACCUUUAAAGUUUUUAAUUGGAGAAAAAUAGAAUUCUCUCUAGUUGAACUGGAAAAGUAUACAAAGGAUCGAAGAGCUGCUAGCGCAUUUCUUAAUGGCUACUUACUAAACAAACUACCUAAAGUCCUGAAAGAACAUUUGUCAAGUAAAUACCUUCAAUACAAAAGUUCAAAUGACUCACAUAAACCAGCGCAGAAGUUAAAUGAUGUUAAUGUUCAAUGUAGAAAAAAUGCACCACCCUCACAUGAUGCUCCUGUAGCACUCGGGUGGUUUGAUUAGCAGAAAAAACUCUACACAAGCAACAUUGUAUAUUAAUUGACAUUAAAAAUAAAGUGCUUUCUCAAUCUCAUCUCGUUGAGUUGCUAAUAAUUUAUUAUCAAGUAAAUAAAUAAAUGAUUAAACAAAUAAAUGUAAGUUUUUAAUACUUGAACAUCGUUAAGUUUUUUCUGAGAGCUGAGGUAUCCCAGGCCAAAAACCCAUUUAUCGGCUAAAUCGGAAAUUAUAUGACGCAGUGAUGAUUUGAAUAUUUAAGAACUACAUCGACGACAGCGAAGGCGCUGAAACACUUAUGAAUAAAACCACUCCGAUCCGAAAUAGAGAUGACCCAAUUAUGAACAGACUGGUCGAAUAGUACUAUCCAGACCGGUUAAGGAAUCCAGAUACCCAUGAAUACAAAUAACAGAAGGAAGUCAACAGGCACACAUUCAUAUUAAAUAAAGGUGACGUCUGGACUCUACGACGUACAAUACAAACUUGUAUAUGCACAUAAAUACCAUAUUUUUAUCAAUUAAGUUUGUAAUACUUCGUCAUUUUAUGGGUUAUGUAAAUGUUUCCAAAAUGCUACGAUGCACAAUUUUUUAUACAUUAUAAUCAACAUUAUACUCUGGUUAAUUUAUAUUUG